GCGCCGGGGAUCGUAGAGGUGGAGGCCUUUGUGACCUCACCGCUGAAGCGGGCCGUAGGAGUAAGCGCCUCGUCAGCCCUUCCGGCCGGGGAAGGGUCAACGAGUGUGUUCUGUGGUCGAUGACGGAGUCGUGACGGAAGGGGUUUCCCCAAAAAUAGCGUUACGCUAAUAAAGUGCGUUGUGUCUGAGAAGCCUCGUUCGCAACCCAUGAAGGCGCUUCGGGAAUCAACUACCUCGGAGCUCUCGUCUCUAACUAACAUUGAGUGAGUUGCAAUUGUUUGACUGAUGUGUGAAAUGAAGCCAUUAUCUGUGGAUACCAGAAUAUUGUCUCUGGCUGCCCUGGUCACUGAAAGCCCUGAUCAGAAUGUUCCUGUAUUGCUGUUGAAGUUAAAAGAUAUUUUAACUAGUGCUCCACCUGGAAGUAAUGAAUUACAGAAAAUUAAACAAGACUUGUACUACUAUGAUUUGGUUCAAUACUGCCUAUUAGUCCUUAAGCAAGAUUAUACGAAGGUGUUUGGCGGCUGGGCUACUGCUGCCCAAAUAGCAGAGAUACUAAGCCUUUGUUGUGUGGGUCUUGAGGUGAAAGAAGAACCUGAGGAGUUUUACAACAAGCUACUUCCUUCUGCUGCAGACAACCUCCUUUUCUUAGGAAGGCGCCUGCAAGCACGAUUUGUCCGAGCGAUCAAGGAUGAAGAGAGAAAUGGAUUUUUACAUUGUUUCAGGACCAUAACUGAUGCCAUCUGCUGGCUGUGCGGGGGGCAUAUUCAGCUGGCAGGAAAUGUGCUUCAGAAUGGACAUUUUCAGCAACUCUUGAUGACUGAUGAUGUUGAAACAUCAACUAUGGUUAUGUCUGUAUUGCAGAAUAUUUUAAGGACCAACAGGGCUGCAUUACUUGAAGUAUCUGAAAAGACCCUGCACUGCAUUUUAGAUGAGCUUGUUUACAAGCUUUCCUCUACCACCAAUCCUGUCAUAGGAAAUGCAGCUAUAAAACUGUUGCUCUUGAUCACAGAAUCUGAUGCUCAACUUGUAACAACACUGGUUACCCGCUACAAAGGACUACAAACUCUUCUAAGCAAGCAGUGGACUGGCAAAGGAUUUGACAGGAACCUCAAUCAACUUUUGGACUUACUGUGCUCAGAAAACUACAAGACUGGCAAAAUGCAGAGGCGACAUCAAGCAGCUUGCUUAAUCCAGGCAGCUUGGAGAGGUUUUCAAACCCGAAAAAGAUUAAAGCGGCUUCCGAAAGCAGUAACUAUCUUGCAGAGGAAUUUCAGAGCUAAAAGAGAACAGGAGUUGCAAGAUCUAAAAAAACAGAAAGAAGAAGAGGACCUCCGCCAACAACUGCAGCUUCAAAGAAAGAGAGCCAUGAGGCUAUUUCAUGAACGACAGCUUACACUGUUGGAAAUAGUCCAUGCAGGUCAGGUAGAUAAGUAUAUGCAUGAAAUGAAGGAAAACGCAGCCCUAACUAUCCAAAGAUACUGGAGAGCAUUUCGGGCAAGGAGAAAUUUUCAUCAGCAAAAAAAAUACCUUAAGCAAUAUAAGGCAGCUGUCCUUAUUCAGAGGACGGUGCUUAAAUUCUUGGAAAAGCAAAGGAAAAGGAAGACCUAUUCUCUCUGGAAACAGCCUAAGUCUCUCUCUGAUGAACAGAGGUUAUCUUUGCAGCAGAAAGUGAAGGACUACAUCAAACUGCACCCGGCUUCCGAGAUGUCAGCAGAAAUGAGCAGAGAACUUCAUCAUCGAGCCCAGGAAAAGCUGGCCCAGUAUUUGCUGAAAAGAAGCCAGGAUCGCAAAGCAGAGCAGCAUAGAGAGGCUUUGCUAGCCCAGAUCCAUACAGAUGUGGAUCAGCUGAUGUGUGCCCCAAGUCUCUCAGAAUCCACCAUGAAAGAUCUAAAUAUCUUUAUGAGUAGAUCGGUUCCUGUGGUAUCCAAAGCCAAACAGUCACACAACACCAUGAUAAAAUACACACAGUGGCCCUGGUGGAAGAAGCUUGAAGAAGAUUUCUUUGAUGAAGAGGUUGUCUCAGAAGAUCUUCUGAGUGCUGAAUUGGGAACUUUGUUCAUUGGUGGAAGCAAAGCAUAAUCAAAAGAGAAAAAAUUGUAGCCAAUGACUGUGCAAUUGUGCACUCCAUUUUCUGCAGAGAAUAUAUUUGAAGAUGUUCUACCAAGCUGUCUCUACAGCACUGUCCAAAGAUGUGUUUUUCAGAUGAUUCAUAAUUAAUAAAAUGUGUUUGUAUUUGUAUAGAAAAGAUAGUAUAGUUGUUGCCCUUUAAAUGGCAAGUAGAUUUUUACUUUCCGGCUGUUCACUUCUAUAACAAGCAAGCCUCAAUUCUACAAUUCCAAUUAAUAUAUUGUAUGUUUAAGAAAUGGUAUUCUUAAAUAUGUUGUGGGGGUAGAAGUUAGAUGUUGAAAAUGAACAAGUAAGGAGAUGAAGGGGCAGCUAUAGGUGCAUUUAUAUGUUGGGGAAUAGAACGAAGGACAGGAAUAGGCAACCCAGUGCCCUUCAGUUGUUUUGUACUGCUAUAAUCCCUCACCAUUGGCCAUACUGGCUGGAAUUUAUGGGAAUUAUAGUCUAAACCACCAGGUUGGCUACUUUUGAUCUAAGAGCUAUGGUAAUGAAGAGAGAAGAAGCUUCGGUCCCCUGGUGACUUGAAAUAUAGCACCAAAGCCAUUCUAGUGUGAGUCAUUUGAAUAACGCUCCUGUACAUAUUCUACCUUUUAAAAUAUGCUGAAGAUGUCCCUUUUUAAAUGAAUUAGCAAAUGAUAAAUUAGCUACACUGAAGAAAGGAAGCUUAAAUAGUAAAAGCAAUUUGUAGAUUGAAACUUUAGAUCCUGGCAGUGAUUACUUUAUGGACUGGUUCACAAGUCACAAUGGCAAUUCCUAGGUUGUUUAACCUAGGAAUUGCAGGAACGAGUGGAAUGCAUGAGCCAUGUGCUCAGUGUUUAUUAUUACAUUAUUAAUUACAUGUGAACCUGGAAACUCUGGAUUGACCAAACCAGAGUUAAUUCAACAAUUGCCCAUGGUUCAUUGUUGAGUAAAUUCUAGCUUGUUUAUCCCAUAAACAACCCAGAGUUUCCGGGUUUGCACUUCAUGGAAAUUCCUGGGUUGUUGAUUAAAAGCAGAAACAAAGAACACACAAUCCACACAUUCCACUCAUGCCAAUAAUUCUUGGCUUUUAAAAAAAUGAGGAAUUGUCGCUAUGACAUGUGAACUGGGGCUUUGACUUACUAUCUUAGUUCCUGGACUGUAGUAUGACUAUAAGCACAAGCAUUUAUCAAACAGAACAAGAAUACAGGAAUUUUAACUUACGUUUUCUUGUGGUUAUCUAUUUAAACAACCUUAAGAAUGUGUAUUAAAGAAUUAGAGAUCUAGGAACUCAUUUCCUAUAACCCUUCUUGAAUUUUCUGGGCACCAGUGCUUUUCAAGCAGGUGUUCCAGCAUUUUGAAUCCAGGAAGAGGAGAUUCCUUUACUUGACACUGGUAAUGAUGUUAGAAUCGCAGCCUUUAACAGAAAAUUUGAUUUGUGUUUAUUAAACCUGUAUUGCUAAUUUUGUGAAA